ACCCACCGCACGCGCGUAAGUCGGUGACAUCGACUACUUAUGAACUUCCCCCUCCGGCAAUACAAAGUGAUUCUCAAUACGGCGAGUUGGCGGCGAGACUUGUUUACUUGCUCUUGCUUAUUGUAAAUCGGGACGCGGUUAGGUUUUAUAUUAGAUUAAACCUGUUUUCGCAAAUAAUCAAGCUGACUUUUUCGCAGAUAGGAGAAAGCAACAAACUAUACGUAAAAAGCGUACUGGCAAAGCAAGUUCAAUUCAGUGUCCGCCGUUUGUAUAUCGCUCCUACUUUCUUUUUAAUCUUUUUUCCAAGUUUUUCAAAAUUCCAAUUACUUUUCGCAAGCGGGAAACGUAGUAAGUCACUUCGCAACGGGUUGACGGUAAACUUUGGACUUUGAUUGAGAAAAUUACGCGAGUAUAGAUUCUUGUGAUAGCACACUGACAUAACUGAAGCCCGGCUCGUGCAAAUUGUAACUUCUCACAGACGCGUAUUGUAUGCAGAUUAGUACAUAUGUGCAUGUUUAUGAGAUAUUACAAGUUGCAUCGCUCCACCAGUGUGGCUGAAUUCGUUGAGGAAUACAGGCGCAAUUUAAUAAUUGUAUAUAAGUGUAUGUGUACUGUGAGAUACUUUUAAAAGAGAGAAUAAAAAUAAUUUCUUUACGGAGUUGGGUAUAUCUUGUGUACUUAAUUCAGUGAUUGGAAAGCUUCUCUUUUUCGGUUUACUUUUAUUUCCAUUUUUUGAGCUAUUCAUUUUUAUUAACAAUCGGAACUAUAACCGGUUUAUGCUAUGUCUUUACUUCGCACAAUCGCGACGCGCAAUGUUAAAUUAACUAAUCAUUUUAAAAAGCAAUGUCAACGAAAAUACAGUUCGACUGUCUUGAAAAGCCCGCUCGGAGAGAUCCAAGUUCCGGAUCAAACCUUUAGUGAUUUUGUUUUCUCCAAUUCGAACGCGUGGGAAAAAAAACCUGCCUUGACAUGUGGUGUGACUGGAAGGUCAUACACUUACAACUUAGCAAAAAUGCUAAAUCACCAUGCUGCACAAGGCCUUUUGGAAAAAGUCGGUUUAGACCCUGGAGAUAAAGUGGGACUGCUUCUUCCAAACAUACCAGAGUACUUACUAGCUGUACACGCUAGUUUAAAAGCAGGAUUGAUCGUCACUUUUGCUAACCCACUCUACACUGCAGAGGAAGUGGCACGACAAUUCAAAAAUGCUGGUGUUCGGUGUAUUAUGACGAUACCCCAACUCAUUGAAACUGCUCUUACCGUUUCUAAAGAGCUAAAUAAUUAUACCUACACUUUAAAUAUUGGCGGGAAAGACGAAGCUGAUAAAAAAAUUUUAGGUUUGGAACAAUUGCUUAGUGGAAAAUAUAGUGCAAAACUACCUCAAGUAAACCCGAAUGAUUUGGCGGUUUUGCCCUACAGUUCGGGCACUACAGGUCUUCCAAAGGGAGUGAUGCUCACACAUAAGAAUUUAAUUGCAAACCUUUUGCAGUGCAAUCACCCCGACAUAGUAGAUAACAUUCCUACGACAGAAACUACUCAAGAAACCGUUUUGUCGGUACUGCCAUUCUUUCAUAUCUACGGCUUCAAUGGAAUUUUAAAUUUUAUGAUGUACAUCGGAGGGCACAUCGUAACCCUACCUAGAUUUACUGUCGAAGAUUAUAUCAAAUGUUUAGAAACUUAUAAGCCCGAUUCUAUAUUCGUUGUACCUUCGCUACUGUUAUUUUUAAUAACGCAUCCAGAAGUCACACCGGCGCAUUUAUCGUCCAUAACAAAAGUAAUUUGUGGCGCUGCGCCAGCCACUAAGAGUCUCAUUGAAAAGUUCAAAGCAAAAAUCGGUCGAGACAACUGUCGUGUUACGCAAGGCUACGGUAUGACCGAAACUAGCCCAGUUACGAUAUAUACACCAAAAUCAAUGCCAGCUUCGAAAACUGGAAGUUGUGGAAAACUUCUUCCUUCUACUGAAGCUCGUUUAAUAGAUAUAUCAAACGGAAAAGACAUAGUAACGCCAGAGACACCAGGAGAAUUGCUUCUUAGGGGUCCACAAGCAAUGAAAGGAUACUUAAAUGAUCCCGUUGCAACAAAAGAAAUAAUCGAUAAAGAUGGUUGGUUACAUACGGGCGAUGUCGUUUAUUACGACAAGGAUGAGUACUUUUUCGUUGUUGAUCGCACGAAGGAACUCAUCAAAGUAAAGGGAAAUCAGGUAUCUCCAACAGAACUAGAAUCAAUUAUAUUGGAAAUUCCGGGUGUUGCUGAUGUGGCAGUAGUUGGUGUACCUUGCAAAUUUGCAGGCGAAAUACCGAAAGCUUUUGUUGUCAAAAAACCAAAUGCCGAUGUAACGGAAGAGAUGAUUCAAAGUUUCUUAACGCCAAAGGUAGCAACAUACAAAAAAUUAACGGGAGGAGUAUCCUUCAUCGAUGCGAUCCCCAGGAACCCCUCUGGGAAAAUAGUACGCAGCCAAUUAAAGAAUUUAAAUAAAUAAAUAAUAAUAAUAAACUGAAUAUCUAUUUUUCGUGUCAUCAUCACGACCAUUACGAAGUACAAAAUUCGAGCUGCAUGUACUUUAACUGGAGGUUGUAAAAUGUACAAUAAUAAAAUCACGUCCUUUUUAUAUUUUACGAAUUCUAGGAAUAAUUAUAAUAAUAAAAACAAUAUUUGAAAA